AUGACUACAGAUCAAGCUCAAGUUGUCUGCCAUCCUGUGCCCAAGCGUCUCUUGGAUGCCUCCAAAAACCCUGUUCCCUUUGUUGAUUCCAUGGAAAAGUACAAGGCCAUGUGGACAGAAAGUGUUGAUAAGCCAGAUCAGUUCUUUGGAAACCUUGCUCGCGAACUAUUGACCUGGUCAAAGCCUUUUGAAACUGUUCGCCACGGCUCUUUUGAACAAGGCGAUGUCGCUUGGUUCUUGGAAGGUGAACUCAAUGUCUCCUACAACUGUGUUGAUAGACACGCUCUCGCCAAUCCCAACAAAGUCGCCAUCAUUCAUGAAGGCGAUGAACCCAAUCAAGCUCGUAGCAUUACCUAUGGUGAGUUAUUGCGUGAAGUUUGUCAAAUGGCCAACACCUUGAAGAAUCUGGGUGUGCGCAAGGGCGAUGCUGUUGCCAUCUACAUGCCAAUGAUCCCCGAGGCUAUUGUUGCCAUGCUUGCUUGUGCUCGUAUUGGUGCUGUUCACUCUGUUGUAUUCGCCGGUUUUUCUGCUGAAUCUCUCCGUGAUCGUGUCAUUGAUUGCUCCGCUCGCGUUGUUAUUACCUCUGAUGAAGGUCGUCGUGGUGGCAAAUCUGUUGCCACAAAGCGUAUUGUGGAUGAUGCUCUUCGUUCCAACCAAACACAGGUUGAAAAUGUCAUUGUCUUCCGUCGCACUGGUUCUGCUAUUGAUUGGGUUGAAGACCGUGAUCUCUGGUGGCAUGAGGAGGUGGCCAAGGCUAGAUCCUUCUGUCCUCCUGAGCCCAUGAACUCUGAAGAUCCUCUCUUCCUCUUGUAUACUUCUGGCUCCACUGGCACUCCCAAAGGAAUCUUGCAUACUACUGGUGGCUACAUCUUGGGUGCUGCUGCCACUGUCAAAUACAUUUUUGAUUACCAUGAGGGUGAUAUUCAUGCCUGUAUGGCUGAUAUUGGAUGGGUGACUGGUCAUACUUACAUUGUCUAUGGUCCUCUUGCCUUGGGCGGUACCACCGUCUUGUUCGAAUCUACUCCCACUUACCCUAAUCCUAGCAGAUUCUGGGAAUUGAUUGAAAAGCACAAGAUUACGCAAUUCUACACUGCUCCUACUGCCAUUCGUGCUCUCCGUCGUCUCGGUGACCAAUGGGUUGAAAAGCAUGACUUGUCUACUCUCCGUGUUAUUGGUUCUGUUGGUGAGCCCAUUAACCCUGAAGCUUGGGAUUGGUAUAACGAGAAGGUCGGUAGAGGCCAAUGUGCUGUUGUUGAUACUUACUGGCAAACCGAAACCGGCUCCAUCAUCAUCUCUCCUCUUCCUGGAUCCCAUGCUACCAAGCCUGGAUCUGCUACUCUUCCCUUCUUUGGUAUCAAGCCCGUCAUUCUCGAUCCCACUACUGGUAAGGUAAUUGAUGAAGUCCAUGAAACUGGUGUGCUUGCCAUCGGUCAACCCUGGCCUUCCAUGGCCCGUACUGUCUUCAACAACCACUCUCGCUUUGUUGAAACCUACCUCAAGCCUUACCCUGGCUACUACUUUACUGGUGAUGGUGCUUACCGUGAUGAAGACGGUUACAUUUGGGUGCAAGGUCGUGUCGAUGAUGUGAUCAAUGUGUCUGGCCACAGACUUUCCACUGCCGAAAUUGAAUCUGCCCUUGUUCACCAUGAAGCUGUUGCUGAAGCCGCUGUGAUUGGUGGCCAUGAUGAUUUGACUGGUCAAUGUAUUCAUGCUUUCGUGUCUGUGCGUCCCAACGUAGAUGCUUCUGAAGGUUUAGACAAGGAAUUGACAUUGUUGGUUCGCAAGAUUAUUGGUCCCUUUGCCACUCCCAAGCGUAUCUACAUUGUCAGCGACCAUCCCAAGACUCGUUCUGGCAAGAUUAUGCGUCGUAUUCUUCGCAAGAUUGUAAACGGAGAGCAGGAUUCUCUCGGUGAUACUUCUACUCUUGCUGAUCAAUCAGUUGUUCCCAACCUGAUUGCUCUUGUUCAUGGCUCCAAGUAA